AUGUUCAUCCGGAAUCUCUUCAAGUCAUCACGAGCUGAGAAAGGAUCUUCAUUGUUAACGGAGGAAGAAGUUGGCGAACAACAUUCUUCAUAUCAAGAAACGUAUAAAUUACCAGCAUCCAUAUCAGUUCCUCUCAUUGAGGAUGAUGCUCUCAUGAAGUCAUUGUUUUUUCCAAAUCAAAUAUUUGACAAGUGUGAUUGUCCUGUUGAAGACACAAAACCCAGCGUAUUGGGAGAUAUCUUUUGCAGUGUGUCACCUUAUUCCGAUGAUGUGUUAACAUUCAAAGAUUUGGAUCGAAAGGAUAUGUUUCUUCAGAAAAUGAAAGCUAUUAAAUGUGAGCGAACGAAUCGACAAAUUGAAAUGAUUGCACAAGAUUAUGUCAUUAAACAACGCUUUCAGUACAGGUAUUUUUAUAGAAAGAGAGAAGACAACACAAAGAAUUCCGAAUGCCUUCUAAAUAUUGCAAUUGGAGUGAUGAGUGUCAAUCCACAAUUUGAGAAGAGAAUUUUGGACUAUGAUCCAUCAGAUGAAGGACCAUUCUUCCAACUGGUGCCUCUGGUCGGUAAUAGAAUUCUUUCAUGGAAUGAUUGUUCUCUUGUGACUGUUGGAUUGAGAUGCAAGGAAAAUGUGACAACGAUCAUUGAUUUAGUGAAAUUAGUGAAUCAGGAACAGGUCACAAAAGUGUUAGAAGAAUUAGCUGAUGAAUGUUGCUUUUGGAAUGGUGAAAAAAUGUUCAGUUAUACAUCCAACAACAGCUUUCACUUUCUUAAAGCCAUCAUUUCUAGAAUUUUAACAACUCUUUCAAAGAUUUCUUCUUUAAAUGAUGAACAAAAAACCAUUUCCAAAAAGUCAUUGGAUGAAAUUAUUGAAUCAAAAUUAACGUAUAGCAUCAAAACCUAUGUUCGAGAGUUUGUGGAGGCGAAGGGAUAUUCAAGAGCAAUUAUUCCUCUAGCUCACAAAGUGAAACCGUUGAGCCCAGAAAUUAUCAAGCAAUUUGGGGAGAGUUAUCAAAGUCUUCCAUCAAAUGCAUUAACUCAACCAUUACUCUUCACAACAGAGCACCAACUUGACAUUUACAAAAAGAUUGUGGAAACCAAUAUGUCAACUUAUUUCGUUAGCGAAGGAAUGCAAGAAUAUCGAUUUUGGAGUUGUCUGAAACGCUCCUUGUCCAAGGAUAAACAACCUGGUGAGGAUAAGGGUGUUUUACAAAUUAUUUUAAAGGAUAAGGCAUUUGAUCUCUAUGACUACACACCGCAAAAACCUCAACGAUAG